AUGGAGAAAACAGCAGUGGUCGACAAAACGAGUGAAUACCUAGAAGAGGUCUAUGGACGUCUCGUACCUACAGAGUUACGAGAUAGCAGCAAGGAAGAUGAUCCAUUACCUCUGACGGCAUUUGUCAAUAGUGAUGGUCGGAGCGCUCUAAUGGCGUCACUUAGUGAUAUGGAUGGAAUGAUGAGAGAAAAGGGUAAGAAGAAAGUCGAGUGGCAAGGGGAGCAAAAAAUGCUUCUAGAGAAACGAGAGAUGUCUGACUUGGCACAAAGAGUGAGAACGAGGGACGAGACUGAGAUUGAGUCUUCUAUGCGUGAAACAUGCGGAGGAAAAAACAGGAACGAUGAGUCUGCACCAUCGAGUGAAGACGGUGUGAGCAGUGGUGUGACGCUUGAGAAUGGGAAAGAUGAAAUGAUGGGAGAAACGGAAAAGAAAGAAAUACUCUGGAAAGAGCUCAUGCGUCCGAUUCGUUUCAGAUCGCAAAGAAGAGCUGACAUGGAAGACGUCACAGUGAGUGGAACGUUGGAGGAAAGGAGUAAAACGAUAGGAAACGUUUCUGAGCGUCUCGGUUCUGAGAAGUUACAAUUGAGCAGCACGGAAGAUGGUCCAUCUCACCAGGAGAAUGUGGGCAGUCGCAGUAGGAGUGAUUUGAGGUUGUCAUUUGAUGACGGAAUAAAGAAAUACAAAAGAAAGAAAAAAGUCAGGUUUCAAGACAUGGAAAUCAAGACAAAAGAUACAAGAAAGGAAGUGGCGGUGAAGUGGAAGGAAGAUGUUAUUUUAGAAGACUUUGACGAUACUAUCGAGCUUUCAGCGGAUCGAUCAUGGCAAAAAGGUAGAAGUGUUACUGCUCCAUCCGAUCGUCUCGGAAUGAAAAACGUCGAACCGAUUCCUUUGAGGUGGGCCUGGAGCAAUGAUGAGACGACGGAAGAAAGAGAAGUUGGCAGAUAUGAAGAGAAAACUCCAACAUCUGCACAUGAUGCCACUACUAGUAAUGAGAGUGAUGUGUCGCCUUAUUGGCCUUUUCAUGAAUGGAAGGAGAAUGGAAGUUUGGAUACAAAAGAGGUAGCUUCCGUACGACAUGGGCACACGAAGAAAACGAAGAGAUGGAAUAUUGCUACGAGACUAAGAAGGCUAUGGAAACGGCGAAGACCAUCGGAUUCGCCAGCGCCAAUGACCGAAAUCAUAAAAGAACAUGAUGAAGAACUACGUGAAGCAGCAGACGUUUGUCGCAACGACGAUGAUCUAGAAGCUGUCGACAUGGAAGACAUACAAAACAAUCGCGAGGACGACGACCAACUAGAAGUGAGAGACUAUGACAGUAUUUUGAUCUCUCCAGCCUCUCCCCCGCUUCUCUUACCACCAUGUUGUCUUCCAUCCGAUGGUGCAGAAACAGACGAGGUGCUACUGAAUCAACCAUCAUAA